AAGCGAGCUGGAGAACAGCCCAUGAUCAGCUGACGCCAUCAACACAACACCCAGCCCACGCCACCUAGAGCCUUCCUCAACCUUCAUGCAAACUGCACGUUCCCAUCAAGAAGAAGAAUCCUUCCUCAGACACCCAAACUGCUCGUACCAUAAAGAAGAAGAAGAAGAAGAGGAGGAGGAAAUGCAUCAAGUCUAAGAAACAACCUUCAAGCCGUGCCACUGUGACGCGUCUCCCAACAUUACGGCAGGUGGGUUACUUAAGAGCAAGUUCACUCAGUCAUGUUUCGUUUGUUGCCAAGAACCUGUGAAUGGUGCGCUAAGACCUCAUCGUUGAUAACUUCAAGGUGUAUGCAAACAAGAUGUUAUCUCCAUUCUCAAACGCUAAUUGGGGUACAUCCUGUCCAACGUGAUCUCAAAGUUCAGUCGGCAGUAGUGUCUUCAAGCCGCAGUUUAAGUAUUAAUUGUGUGUUAAAGGAUUGGGAAAAGGAAAACAGAGAGAGUAUUGACUUUUCACAAGACCCAGAGGUCAAAGAGUUGCUAAGGGAGAUGCAGAAUGAUUUUUCCAAAAGAGUAGCUCCGACUGAAUAUAAUGAUAAUGAAAUUAAGAAUGAAAAUGAUUUGUGUGGAGAUGUACAAAAGAAUGCUGAUGAUGGAGGGAUGGAGGAGAGAGAGUCAUCUGUAAAGACUGUUAGUUCUUCGGAAAUGACUGAAAAAUCUAAAUCGGCAGAAAACACGUGGGCCCAGUAUAUUCAUCAGAAGUAUGAAAAGUUUGAUGCACACUCAUCCGAGAUUAUAUACGAUUAUGAUGAAGAACGACUUAGAAGAGAGGACGGAAUUGUCAAAGAGGAAGUAAAAGAAAUCGAAAUAACUUUACAACGUGGCGAGACAGGCGUGUUUGAUAUUCAUGAACUAGUGGAUCUCUUGAGGCAAGAAAAUGCUCAAGAUAUUGUGGUGAUGCAGAUUCCCCCAAGAUUAAAUUAUAUUGCAUAUAUAGUGAUUGUUUCAAGUAACUCUAAUAGGCACAUCAGUGCUCUAGCCGAGUUUGUUCGUAGGAUUUACAAGCGAAAGAAGCAUCAGAAGGAUCCAUCUGUGAUCAUUGAAGGCAAAAAGACAAAUUGGAUUGCAAUGGAUUUGGGUAACAUCGCUUUGCACAUGAUGCGGCAGGAGCUGAGGGAAAGUUAUGACCUGGAGACACUAUGGACAGUAGGCCCAGAGUAUGAUGAUAAGUGUAGAGAGAGAGAAGACAGUAUGAAUGACAUGUAUAAUUUUUCUGAUCCCUUAGCUGGGUUCACAGCACCAUCCAUUUCUCCUCAAAGUGCAUAGUUAUCAUUUAACUAGUUUCUGCACUAACUGGCAUGUGAAACUAAAACCAUUGGUUAAUUAUAGUAAUUAAACUCUGUAGUAGAUCCUUAAUGCAAAUUUAAUUCACAU